AUGACGGGCCCCGGCGCGCCCAACGACAUCACUGCCGUGGCCACCGUCUCCAACAUCCCUACCGGUACCCCUCAUGCUAUAAGCUCAGGACACAACAAGCUCACCGAGUGGGAUGGUACUGCUCCUGCUCCUGCUUUUUCUUCUAGCUCAGAUGAAAAUUCUUUGAUACGAACUCUUCCAGAAUCGACGUCGACACGUUCAAGGCCCAAUUUUCAUGUGCAGACACCUCUUCCUGCAUCGGAGCUUAUAGACUGCUUCGAUAUUGCGGAAAAGAAAUUAACUACGUCAAAACUCGAGGCUCACCGAGUAUCCUGCUAUUGGAUUCCCUCCAUUAGUGGAUUCAUUCCUGGUCCUGGCGGUCAGGCAACACCAAUCCACUCUCGCCAGAAUUCGUGUCAAGGGUUUGGUCGUCCGGUGCUCUACAAAUCUAACAGCUCAACGACGUCGACCAGGACACAGCCGAGUUCAAGCGUUAGUCGCUUACCGUUGCUGAGAACCAUCUCCUCGUCGUUCGCUGAGCUUAGUUUUCCUGCAACACGUCCUUCUGCCAUGGCGACACAGGAGGGCGUUAAUGCUCAGCGAGCGACGGCCUUGUUAAGGCAAGCCAUACUGCAGAGGUAA